CAACAUUGGGAUGGUUGAACAGAGCCUUGGUCGACGCCUGUGUUCGAGACCCGACAUCACCCUCCUUCGGCCGCGCAAGGGUAACCCACCAACCUUUUUCGACUGCCGGCAACCCACAGCACAUCUAUCGGCGACGCCGGCCAGAAACCGCACAGCAUGGUUUUGACCUUCGCGAAGGGCCGGCGGCAGCAUUGAGACUGUUAUCCCCGACGGCCGGACCGAACAUUGCAGCUGCUCCUGAACGAACCCUCGCCUUGGCGAGCGGCGAGCAGCGAGAAUGGAACCACCCGGCGUCCCCUGCAUCCCAGUCGAGACGAACCUCCUUCUUGGCUGCUGCCGCGAAGCAGACCGGGCCGACAUCGUCGCCAGUGGCCUGGAUCAGCUGCGAGCAGCACUCCCGGAGUCCUUCCACAGCCACCUCAUCGCUCUGGCAGAAGAGAUACGGGCGUCAACCCGGCUCUUGCGAGGCCUUGCUGACCGCUCACAGGUGCACGUCGGACGCGUUCCUCUUCUAGCCAACUACCUGGAUGUCUUGCUGCCCUGUCUGUCCCGGACUCUGAAUGACAUCACGGCCCACUAUGAGGAUAAGACCCUGUCCAGAGAGACAAGAUGGCGCAAGAUGUACAACAAGAUGACCGAGGAAGCCGGCGGUCUCCCAUUGCCUCAACGCUUCGUGCUGUAUAACCACUUCCUGUGCCUGCUGAAGCAGCUUCUCACCAGAUCGCCGAGCUUUGAUCUCAACACGCUUGAGAUUCUACGUGCGCGGAUCGUCGAGCUGCGUGAGCAGAGAGGAAUUCCGCCGCCCCCGACGCGAAUUGGCACUUCUUUGGCUCGUCAAGAUUUAACGUCCCUGGCAGUCAGCCAAGACCGCAACUCGCAUUGGGCAGAGCAGAUAUUUUCUCUGCCACUCCCAUCUCGAACGGCAUUGAAACAUUUGAGACUGUCCAAGUCAUUCGGGCCGUUUUAUCCCUGGGGCCACCUAACCAUCCCACAGGACUCGAAAGUCCUUUUCAGGCGGCCGUUUGACAAUGACACGAUCUCCAUCGUAGUCUUCCUGAGCUCCUUCGACCAGUGCCCCUACUUCUUGAUGAGGACCAUGCAGGGCAACACUCCAUGGUACUCCAUGUUCGGUGCUCAUGAGCUCUGCAUCGAACGCGAAGGGAGCGCGCUGCAGCUGAAGAGGUGGAGCCGUUCUGAGCAGUGUAGCAAACUCUGGGCAGCCUUGUACUUCCUCACAUGGGAAGAGAUGGUCCUAUUCUAUUGCACCUUUGUCGCUUUGAAGGCCCGGAACCUGUUGACGGUCCAGGUCCACCCAAGCGAGUUCUCGCUACACCGAGAGAAGCGGCUGUUCCAGGCGCAAAUCAUCGACGACGGCUUCAAGCACUCUUUGAUCGUCUACGAGGACAUACAGACCAAAGGCUUGCGCCUGCAUGCCGCGGUGUGGGAAGGCGAGUUGAGACGAUGUCCCGUUUGGACCGCGUUUGUCACCCACCAAUCUCAGUCCCCAACGUGGCUCAGUCGGCGCUCGCGACGCCGUGUCUGGCUCAAGGAUGUCCAGCUUUAUGUGUUCUGCAACACAUACCACCAGGAGAACAUGCGCCAGAACAAAUCCGGCGCUUUCGAGAUUCUUUUCGACAAGGAGGAAGCGGCCAAGCGCUUCAAGGAGCUCUUUGCUGUCAGGUCGGCCGCCUCAGAGACUUCGGGGACUGAGUCUAUGGCGAGACCCUGAAGAACCAACACACCUUAUACCGGGCAUCAAGUCCCAACCAUCCGUCGCCCAACGGAUUCUCCCUUUGCAGGCACUGCCAUGGCGGGUCGAUGCGGCUCGGCUGCUGCUUGUACCUGAGAUUGGUUGGAAAGGGGGCCGGGAGCACAGCAGAAUGUGACAACAUUUCGGAAUUGCAGUUCGCCAGCCUUGCGCUCCUACACAU